GCGGGUCCUCCCCUUCCUGGGGAGGCAGUGGCAGAACAAAGCAGCAACUACCUCCUCUCGUGGUCGGCUCCCUCCUCGCCACGGCGGCCUCCAUUCCUGGCACCACCUCGGGCAGAGAAGGCACAAUGAAGUGGAAAGCUCUGGUCAUCGCGGUUGUCCUGCAAGCCCAACUCCCCAUUACAGAGGCCCAGAGCUUCGGCCUGCUGGAUCCCAAACUCUGCUACCUGCUGGACGGAAUCCUCUUCCUCUACGGUGUUAUCAUCACCGCCCUGUACUUGAGAGUCAAGUUCGGCAGGGGUGAAGCCAUCCCCAUGGCCCCACAGGGCCAAACGCAGCUCUACAAUGAGCUCAAUCUUGGACGAAGAGAGGAGUAUGAUGUGCUGGACAAAAGACGAGGCCGGGACCCUGAGAUGGGAGGGAUGCAGAGAAGGAAGAACCCCCAGGAAGGCUUGUACAAUGCACUGCAGAAGGACAAGAUGGCGGAGGCCUACAGUGAGAUUGGAGUGAAAGGCGAGAACCAGCGGCGCAGAGGCAAGGGCCACGAUGGCCUCUACCAGGGGCUCAGCACGGCCACCAAGGACACCUAUGACGCCCUCCACAUGCAGGCCCUACCCCCUCGCUAACAGCCACAGGACUGGGCCACUCACAGGCCCCACCUGCACAUGCCCAGUUUGUGGCAAGCACUGGACAAAGCAUUUAUUACCGGGCUCACCAGAGGACUUUCCCUGAUGAAUAGGAUGCUUUGGGUUAUAGCACUGUCACAGCCAGUUCCAAAUCAGCACCCACAGAGUACAGUCCCUGUAUCUUUAAGGGGGCUCGACACCUCCCAUCCCUAUCCCUGGUCUGUGCUCUGACCCGGGAGACAGACACUCUAAUGUGGCUCAUUUGUAAAUCUGUGUUUUGUAAAGUUCCCCCGAGAACCCCCAGACCACAGCGUGUCUUCCACAGUUCUUUUGUGUUAGAGUGGCUUUGCGGGCGCUGUAAACUUGGCUUCCUUCCAUUGUCAGCCUUCCCCAUUUCGGCGUUAACUGUAAUUGGGCCAAGUGGUACCUAUGAUGGAAGCACUGGCCCAUGUGCACCUGCCAGAGGUGCCCAAGGCAGAGGGCUGUUCACCAGGGAUGGUCUAGGUGUGGAGUAGUGCUUAGGAAAGGGGCCUCUGUUCAUGAUGCCCACAUUCCAUACCAUGGAAUCUGCACACCAGACACCAUGGGGCUGUCUUUGCCUUGAUGGAGCUCAGGUGCCUAGGCAACGAACUGUUUACAAACAGGUGCAGUGGCCACGGCAGUGUCAUUGCCGAGGCCGGGCUAAGUGCAUGGAGAGCAGAACUGUGUCCCUCCCCCACGUCCCUCUGCCUUUUUCCUGGAUGACAAACUCCUCACUUCAAAGGCCUCAGAGGAAGACCUGGCACCCCAUGAAUCUCAGGAUGACCCCAAGUGGGCAGUGGCAUCAUGGCAGACACCACAAUAUCCCACCCGAGACACCGCUGUAUAAUUCCAGGGCACAAGGCCACAGAUGGAGAAGCCUCUUUGUGCUGCCGGGAUUUAAGUUAUACUGGCUUGCUGGUCUUGCUACUUUGCAUAAUAAAUGUCUCCAUGAACACAG